AUGACUCGGGAGCUUGUCGGUACGAAAUAUGGCGUGACUUUCACUUUGAAAGAGAUGAAAGGUGAAAAGGCAGAAGAAGAGUUAGUUGUUGUGGCACUUUACGGAGAAUUCUCAAGAAAUGGCGCCACCGAAGAUCAUACUUGUACCACUUUCAAACUUUGGUUCAAAAUGUCAGCAACUCAAUUGGAAACCGAUACCAACGCAAGUUCCGAUCCUGCCGAAGUGGCGAAAAGAGUCGCUAGUUUGACUCUUGUAGGAGGAGAUAGUCCAAAUGCCGAAGAUGGUCCAAAGUACCCAGCUUAUUUACCAGUAUGGGAGAAAUCAAAGUUCCCAGAUUGGGAAGAAGUACCGUUUGUUGAUAGAGGUCAUUUCGGAACUCCUGACAAGAGGCAUUUGUUUGGACCAGGUUCGACUCAUAAACCUUUGACUAUUGCGAUUGGGGAGGAAAUCCGAGGAGUUCAACUUUCGCAAUUGACCAAAGAAGGUCUUGACGAUCUUGCCCUUCUAGCCGCCGAACGUGGUCUUUUGAUCUUCCGUGACCAAGAUUUCAAGGAUGUCGGUCCGGAUCGUCAACUGGAAGUUGUCAGACAUUUCGGAAGACUUCACGUUCAUCCUGUCAUGGGACAUCCUCCCGGAUAUCCAGAGAUGCACGUCGUUUAUCGUGAUGGCAAAGAUGCAACUAUCAAACGUUAUAUCAAACCUAAUCAAGUGCCCAAAGUCUCUUCUGUCAGUUGGCACAUGGACCAUACCGCGGAGAUUCAACCCCCUGGAGUUACAUUCUUCUUUGCUCUUGAGACUCCCGAGGCCGGAGGAGAUACUCUCUUCGUCUCACUCACCGAAGCCUACAAUAGGUUGAGUGACGAAUUCAAAAAACGUCUUGAAGGUCUUCAAUUGGUUCAUAGUAAUGCUGGAAUGUUAGAACAAUCCGCUUCUCUCGAUGGACCCGUCAGGUUUUCACCUUUGACUACUAAACAUCCUCUCAUCCGCACUCAUCCCGUAACCGGAGAAAAAUCUAUUCAAGUUCAACAACAAGGUCAUAUGGUUCGUGUGGAUGGAUACAAACAAGAAGAAUCUGAAUAUCUCUUGAAAUUCCUAGGAGAUGUUUUAGUCAAGGGAGGUGAUUUCCAGACUAGAGCCAAAUAUGAACCUGGUACUGUUGCCGUUUGGGACAACCGUGUCGUCCUUCACACAGCGACAUACGAUUUCAAAGGUGACGAACGUCGUCAUGUGGUCCGAAUUGCAGCUAUGGCAGAAGUUCCCAAAGAGUAGUUAGAACUAAGUAAUCUUUCAGAAAAAUCUCGUAUAUACUUGUUUGAUGUAUCUCUUGUGUCAUCUG